AAACGCAAAGUAUUCAUUCUACUGUUAGUAAAAGCAAAAGAUCUAAAAGACCUGAAGCAACCACUGUUAAUAUAAGUUCUGAAGUAACCACUGUGACCACUAUUAAUGAAGAUCCUGAAACAACUGUUACUAGUAAAAAACAUAAAAGAAAUGAUUUACAAUCAUAG